AUGAUUAUACAAUUGCUCUGUUUCUUCUUGUUCUUGUUUCUUCUUUUACAAGUCACCAUGCUUAAACGUUCUUUCAAGAAUUUUGUUGAACAAGAACUCGGAUCUUUCCCUCAGCUCCUCAUCUACACCCUUCUUGAAUUGACUCUCAUCACCAUCCUCUUCAUAGACGGGGCUCUCGCCUUCUUAUCAAACCAAUACGCAAGAUUCUUCGAGCUCAACACUCCUUGCCUCCUCUGCACCAGAAUCGACCACGUUCUUGUCCCUAGAAACCCUCAUUUCUAUUACAACGACUCAAUCUGCGACUCUCACAAGAAGAAAGUCUCUUCCCUUGCUUAUUGCCAUGUCCACAAGAAACUCUCUGAGAUCAAACAUAUGUGUGAAGGCUGUCUUCUCUCUUUCGCCACCCAGAAGGAAUCUGACUGUGACACGUAUAAGUCUCUCAUUGGGAUCUUGCAUAAAGAUCUUGAGCUUCUCAUUGAUGACCAAAGAGAGCUUGCCUUGGCGCUCAAGAAAGACGAUAACCUUGUUCAGACAUCAACAAACCUGGUGGAUUACAAGACAAACAACAUUAGCUUGAAACAACAUUGCUCUUGUUGCGGAGAUUUAUUGAAGAACAACGGUUCUUUCCUUGCUCCUGCUCCUUCUCCUAGGGUUCCCUACAACAAGCUAUCUGAGAAUGAAUCUGAGUUUAGGGUUUUGGAUGUGGACAUAACACCGAGUGUUGUAAGAGGAGGUAGCAAGUUCUUUGGGACUCCUCUUAGAAAACUUCCUUUGGAUAAGACAGAGAAUACUUCUGACUUGGCUGAUUCAGACGGUGAAUCUAUCCUUAAUCAGCUCAAGAAAGAGGCUCGCUUGGACAAGAAGUCACUGAUGCAUUUGUAUAUGGAGUUAGAUGAAGAGAGAAGUGCUUCAGCUGUUGCAGCCAACAACGCUAUGGCUAUGAUUACAAAGCUACAAGCCGAAAAAGCCGCUGUUCAAAUGGAGGCUUUGCAGUGCCAGAGAAUGAUGGAUGAACAAGCAGAGUAUGACCAAGAAGCUUUGCAGUCUCUGAGUAGUGAAUUGGCAAAGAGGGAAGAGGAUAUGAAGGAGCUUGAAGAUGAACUUGAGGCUUACAGAGAGAGAUAUGGAUGUUUAACGGAUAAAGAUGAUGUGAGAGAAGAGCUUCUUGAGGAACACGGCAGUGCCAGUGUAGUUUGUUAUUCAAAUCAUGAGGACAAUGGAGCAAACAUUGAUCAAACUGGGUCUUGUAAAUCCGAAGAAUCGAGAUUCUUAGGGCAAAUGAAAGGAGCUGAAAGCAAAGAAGGUAUAGUAAAGGAGCUUUCAGAGAUCACAGAGAGGCUAAGUGCUCUUCAAUCAAAUGGUGAACUGCUGAAACAUAUUGCUGAUGUUUUAGAUGUUAGUGAAGGUGAAGCAAUUCUAUUGCACAUAACUCAAAAUUUGCACAUGCUUCGUAGUUUUGUUGCUAUGCCUUCAGAAUCAUGA